GGGAUUUGUGUCUGUUUGAAGACAUGGCGGACGCCUUUGGAGACGAUUUGUUCAGCGUGUUUGAUGAAGAACAGGCCGGUUCCAGCAAAAAGGCCGCUCCAAAGUCCGCAGCUAAUGCAGGGAAAACGCCUGAUAAAGCUGGCAAACCACAGGGAGAUUCAGCAUCUUUGCGCAAAAGAGAUGCUGAUGAUGAUGGUCCUGAUGAGAUGCUGCUGGGGAAAAGGCAAAAGCUGGAAACGGUGUCAGCGGAGGAGAUCAAUCUGUCAGAGCUUAUGCCGAAAGUGAAAUCAGAGCAGGUGGAGACAGUGGAGGGCUGCACUCAUGAGGUGGUUCUUCCUGCCAAUGAGGAAUACACUCCGCUGAAACCACGUGUUGGAAAAGCUGCCAAGGAGUAUCCCUUCAUACUCGACCCUUUCCAGCGCGAGGCCAUCCUGUGCAUCGAUAACAACCAGUCUGUGCUUGUGUCGGCCCACACGUCAGCAGGAAAGACCGUGUGUGCCGAGUAUGCCAUUGCUCUGGCACUCAGAGAAAAGCAGCGUGUCAUCUUCACCAGCCCCAUCAAAGCUCUGAGCAACCAAAAGUACAGAGAGAUGUACGAGGAGUUUCAGGAUGUGGGGCUGAUGACCGGUGAUGUCACUAUUAACCCCACUGCUUCCUGUCUGGUCAUGACCACAGAGAUUUUGAGGAGCAUGCUGUACAGGGGGUCAGAGGUCAUGAGGGAGGUGGCAUGGGUCAUCUUUGAUGAGAUCCAUUACAUGAGAGACUCAGAACGUGGCGUGGUCUGGGAAGAGACCAUCAUCCUGCUGCCAGAUAAUGUACACCAUGUUUUCCUUUCUGCCACCAUUCCUAAUGCUAGACAGUUCGCAGAGUGGAUUUGUCACCUCCACAAACAGCCUUGUCACGUGGUGUACACAGACUACCGUCCCACUCCACUGCAGCACUACAUCUUUCCAGCAGGGGGCGAUGGACUCCAUCUUGUCGUGGAUGAGAACGGAGAGUUUAGAGAAGACAAUUUUAACACCGCAAUGCAGGUCCUUAGGGAUGCGGGGGACACAGGAGGCAACACUGGGGCCAAAUGGGACCCCAAAGGCAGAAAAGGUGGAACAAAAGGUCCAUCUAACGUCUUCAAGAUCGUGAAGAUGAUUAUGGAGAGGAACUUCCAGCCGGUGAUCAUCUUCAGCUUCAGUAAGAAAGAGUGUGAGGCCUAUGCUCUGCAAGUCUCCAAACUGGAUUUCAACACAGACGAAGAGAAAAAACUGGUAGAAGAAGUGUUCAACAAUGCCACAGACUGCCUCUCUGAUGAGGACAAAAAACUGCCACAGGUGGAGCAUGUGUUGCCGCUGCUCAAGAGAGGAAUAGGCAUUCAUCAUGGUGGCCUCUUGCCCAUCCUGAAGGAGACCAUUGAGAUCCUCUUUUCUGAGGGGCUGCUGAAGGCCUUAUUCGCUACAGAAACAUUUGCCAUGGGGAUCAACAUGCCUGCGCGAACCGUUCUCUUCACCAGUGCUCGAAAAUUCGACGGCAAAGACUUCCGCUGGAUCUCCUCUGGAGAGUAUAUCCAGAUGUCAGGACGUGCCGGCAGAAGAGGAAUGGACGAAAGGGGAAUCGUCAUAUUCAUGGUUGAUGAGAAGAUGAGCCCUGCAGUCGGCAAACAAUUACUGAAGGGUUCAGCAGAUCCUCUGAACAGUGCGUUUCACCUGACCUACAACAUGGUGCUCAAUCUGCUGCGUGUGGAGGAGAUCAACCCAGAGUACAUGCUGGAGAAAUCCUUUUACCAGUUCCAGCACUACAGAGCCGUGCCUGGCGUUGUGGAUAGGAUGAAAAAGCUGGAGGAGGAAUAUAACGCCAUACGAAUCCCCAAGGAGGAGAGCGUGGUGACCUACUACAAGAUUCGCCAACAGUUGGCCAAAUUGGGCAAAGAAAUCGAGGAGUUUAUUCACAAACCCAGAUACUGCCUGCCCUUCUUACAGCCAGGCAGACUGGUCAAGGUAAAAAAAGAAGAUCUGGAUUUUGGUUGGGGUGUAGUCGUCAAUUUCCAAAAGAAGUCAAAUGUCAAGGCUGGCGGUGACCUUGAUCCACUGUUUGUGGUGGAAGUUCUGGUUCACUGCAGUAAAGACAGCGUGAAGAACGCCGCCACGGAGUCAGCCAGACCCGCUGGCCCUGCAGAGAAGGGAGAGAUGCAGGUCGUUCCUGUGAUUCUUCAUCUCAUCACCUCUAUUAGUUCUGUGCGCCUCUACAUCCCUAAAGACCUGCGGCCCUAUGAUAACCGGCAGAGCAUGCUCAAAUCCAUACAGGAGGUGCAGAAACGUUUCCCAGAUGGGAUACCGUUGCUGGAUCCCAUAGAUGACAUGGGAAUCAAGGAUCCCGCCCUGAAGAAGGUCAUCCAGAAGGUGGAGGCAUUCGAGCACAGGAUGUACACGCACCCGCUGCACAGCGACCCCAACCUGGAGGCCGUUUACAAACUCUGUGAGAAGAAAGCGCUGAUUGCGGGUGAUAUUAAAGCAGCAAAGCGAGAGCUAAAGAAAGCCCGCACCGUGUUGCAGAUGGAUGAGUUGAAGUGCAGAAAGCGUGUGCUGCGCCGACUGGGAUUCGCUACUUCCUCUGAUGUCAUCGAGAUGAAGGGCCGUGUGGCAUGCGAGAUCAGCAGUGCAGAUGAGCUGCUGCUGACAGAGAUGAUGUUUAACGGCUUGUUCAAUGACCUGACGGCGGAGCAGGCCACCGCUCUCCUCAGCUGCUUCGUCUUCCAGGAAAACGCCAACGAGAUGCCCAAACUGACAGAGCAGCUGGGCGGUCCACUGAGACAGAUGCAGGAAUGUGCCAAGAGAAUUGCUAAAGUGUCUGCAGAGGCCAAGCUGGAAGUGGACGAGGACAGUUACCUGAACCAGUUCCGUCCGCACCUGAUGGAUGUGGUCUACACCUGGGCCAAUGGCUCUUCUUUCUCUCAGAUUUGCAAAAUGACAGACGUGUUUGAAGGCAGUAUUAUCCGCUGUAUGCGCAGACUGGAGGAGCUCUUAAGGCAGAUGUGCCAGGCAGCUAAGGCCAUUGGAAACACAGAGUUGGAGAAUAAGUUUGCAACCGGUAUAACGAAGAUUAAGAGGGAUAUCGUGUUUGCUGCAAGUCUAUACCUCUAAAUCCUAAGACUCCUUUUUUUUGGAUGUUAUUUUUGCAUAAAAACACAGCAGGAGAGCAGAGACAUGGAACAUAAUUGUUUUAUUUGUGUUCGUCAACGAGCAUAAUGGAUUUUUGUUUUCGUCAUAAAAGCGCAACAUUAUUGUACAUACAAUUUUAACAAUUUUAAUAAAAAAAAGUCUGUA